GUUGUCAUGUUGGAGUUGUGGUCAUUCAUUGCUGUGAAGUGACACGCGUUUCUCUGUCUGCUGAUGGAGAAGCUUCUGUCCAAACUCGCCGACAAACAUGUCCUUUUCCCGGCCUCUUUUUUAAUCCGGCUGGCUUUGGUGGCUUAUGGAGACUUCCAGGACAGGACUAUGGCGGUGAAGUACACGGAUAUAGACUACCAUGUGUUCACAGAUGCUGCCAGGUUCAUCACACAGGCUGAGUCUCCAUACAACAGGUCGACCUACCGCUACACCCCUCUGCUGGCCUGGCUUCUUACCCCAAACAUCUAUCUCUGCAUGGUGUUUGGAAAGCUCCUUUUCAUUUUAUGUGAUGUGCUGUCAGGAGUGCUGAUCUACAGAACUCUCCGUUUGAGAGGUCUAGACUCCAAGACAGCAAGCUAUGUUUGUUCUCUGUGGCUACUCAACCCUCUGCCUAUGGGAGUGUCGAGUCGAGGGAACGCAGAAUCCAUCCUGGCAGCUCUGGUGCUCGGGACGUUGCUUUGUAUGGAAGCCAAGCAUCUGGUAUGGGCCGCUGUGCUCUACGGCCUGUCGGUUCAUAUGAAGAUCUAUCCCAUAACAUAUGCCCUGCCCAUUGCUCUGACCCUGAGAUCGCCGGAGGUGGGAACAGCGGCAGGCAAACCCAUACAGACAUGGAAGAAGUGCGUCAUCUUCAUCGGGUGUUUCCUCAGUCGUGAGCUGAUCCUCUUUGGAAUCGUGGCCGGAGGAGUUUUCUCUGUGUUCACAGCAAUCUUCUAUUACAUGUACGGUUGGCCGUUUCUUCAUGAGACCUACUUGUACCAUCUGACCAGAAGGGACAUCAGGCACAACUUCUCCCCGUACUUCUACAUGCUCUACCUGACUGAAGACAGCAGGGGGAGCCAGUGGCUCGGCCUGGCAGCCUUUCUGCCUCAGCUCAUCCUGCUGUUAGUGGCAUCAUGGACCUUUCACCGUGAUCUGGCCUUUUCCUGUUUCCUUAAUACGGCCAUCUUCGUCUCCUUCAACAAAGUUUGCACCUCACAGUAUUUCCUGUGGUACCUGUGCUUGCUACCUCUGGUCAUCCCACACCUGACUCUGACUGUGAAACAGGGGCUGGGUCUGCUGCUGCUCUGGUUUGCUGGACAGGCUCUAUGGUUGGCCCCUGCCUACUUCCUGGAGUUUGAAGGCUACAACACAUUUGUUCCAAUCUGGCUCGCCGGAUUGCUGUUCUUGAUCGUCAACUGCUUCAUCUUGAUUCAGAUCAUAACCCACUACAAACCGAAACCCCGUCCACAGAGACUGAAGGCCGAAUGAAACCCCACUGAACUUUCUAAUGACGAGGAUGCAUCACUAGAAACGUUUGUAUUCUGCUCGGUUGCUCUCGGUUGUCUUUUCAAGUAUUUACUUCACUAUAAUCUAAAUCAUGUUGUCAGUUAUCACACUGCUUUGUGUGGCCUUUAAUAUUUGAUUUCUGUAACAAAGCAGAUACUCUUGACCUGUUGAGAGCAAAACACAGAUUAUAGUUCAGGGAUUAGAGAAAGUCCUCUGAGAUCUUAUUAUAAACUGAGUUUUACAUGUUUUAGAGCUAAUUUAGAAGGCAGUUUCCGCUCAUCUAGAUAUGACUCACGUUUUCCCCUAUUGCUGUGGAGUCUGACUGCUUUACUUUACAUAGACCUUAAUGCUAUGUACAAGGCUACCUUGCACAAGGAGGUGUGCUGUGCAGACCGACUUAAGUUCAGGUAAAUCUGAUCUAAAUCAUGUCAUAGUGACCUGGAUUCUUAAUUAAAACUCUUCUUUGCUUUCCCAUGGCACUCUGAUAAUAUUCAGAUGAAAUUUAUCCAUAUCUGUUCUACAAAAUGCAUAUAUUCAAGGCAGGGUUCCAGUUUUUAUCAACAGAGGAAAUGUUGGUUAAAACAAGCUUCGCUGAAGCUGCAGUGCACAGUUUUCACCAGGAGACAGAAGCAUUUGCCAACAGACCAGAUUUCUGGAGCUUGGAUGCUUGUGUAACCCGCACAGAUUAAUCAGUCAACUGGAGCAUGAACACGACUCAAAACAAACAGUGGUUCCCUUAAUCUGGCCAUACUCUCUCCUCCUAAUCUCACAUGGAAAUCAUCAAAGCACUCUCUCUAGUUCUGUUGAUCCUAAGUAUGUUUGUUGGUCCUGCAGCUUGGAACUGACACUAGAAGCAUAAAACUACUAGAUAGGAUACAUACACAUAUUUAGAUGCUUGUCAUUUAGGGUGGUUGAGGGUUGAAUGUGGGUUUUUCUAAAUCAUUUAUCCAAAUGGCUUGUUUUGUCUGUGUGUUGCAUAUGGGGUGUGCGUGUUUGGGCCGAUUCAUGGUCAGCUGCGACCUAAAUACCUGGUUUAUGAAUCACCGGGUUGCACUGAGUAACCUUUCAGCUGGCCAGCUGCCUAUGGGCCCAUGCGUAAACUAUUUCAUUUCACCACCAUCCCUUUGAAUACCACAACCUUCUGGAGUUUAUUUUUAAAAUCUGUUGGCUAUAACAAUGGAUGGAAACCAUUUCUCCUCAAACUGUUAUAUUUUCUAGGAAUGUGGUGCGUUCCGUCAGUACUCAGAAAUCCCAAGUUUCAAGUUGGAAAAACCCACUGGAACGCCCGCCGAAGUUGGAAUUUUCACUCAGAAACCGAGAGUUAAAAAUCCGAUAUGACUUCUGCCUUGUUAUGGUAUUUGCUCCUAAGGUCACAUGUACAGCCUCCUUUUAAACAUGAUUCUGCAGUAUUAGAAUCUACAAUUUGUUGACAAAUAGUGUUUGUUUGUUUGUUAUUGACUGCAUUGCUAACUCUAGUUAGCCUUAUCUCUAAGAACAUCCAUUACUAAAUUCCCCAUGGAUUACCAGAUCAUGAUUAAGUUGGGUAGUGUGUAAUUUUGGAGUCCAUGUUUCAACUUCCGAGGUUAAAGGAACCACAUCAGAACUCCUGAUUAGAAGUUCCCCUAAAGCUUACGUCAUUAAAUUCCAAAUGUUUGAAACAUUUUGAAGUAAAGUUGGGUAUAUCUAUAAAAGGUAUAAGAUGUUAAAGUGAAUAGUUAGUAUGUUCCCUGCAGUAGACAACUUCUUUACAACCUCAGCUUGGAUAAAGAAGAAGAAGUUUGUACCGAGGAGACGAGCUACCAACUCAUCAGAGCAGGGCAGGUUCCACAGAAGAACUUUGCUAAUUUGAAAUAACUCCAACCUCAAAAAAGUUAUCACAUUGGGUCAUGCAAACUGUAUUUUAUGAGCCAACAAACUGCUUUUAUUUUCUGCAUUAGUUGGCCAUUAACUAAUAAGUAAUUUACUACUAUUUCAUGUACAUACUCUUGUCUGGAGUUAGUCUUCCUUCAGAUGUAGGAGAUCAAACAGCGCUUGGAAGGAGAGCAGCACCUGUCACACCUCUUGAUGCUGAGCAGCAGGAGGACUGCCUGAAGUUAUCAGUGUUCCUCCUUGGUCAAGAAUGUCUGACCACCAGCCCGUGCUCAGUUUCCAUGGUAACUGACUUACUGCCUGAAGAAGGUGGUAGUUUUUCAGAACCUUUGUUGCGACACUGGGCUUAAAAUUAGAUGUCCAGAAUACUGAAGAAGUAAAUAAUUAGUUAUUCACAGUCAAGAGUUGGUGUGUUGUAGUUAUUAAUAGUGUUCCAUGUGAAACACAAAAAUCAGAACUACUUGAUGAAGAUUAAAGGAGUUUUAAAAUAACAAAAUAUAGUUCUCUUUAAUUGUUUGGGUUUUACUAGAGCUGCACAAUUUACUGGAUUGCAAUAUCAAUGUGUGUAAAAUCGCAUUUGCAAAGGGCUGCUUGGAUGUUGUGUUUGGUAGACUACAAUAUUUCAGGUGUUGUGAAUUCAAACCCAGCCUGCACAUACUAUAUUUGACUACAGGGACCGACUUUCCUCUCCUCUAGGCUCCCUGCUGAUAUAGAUCUUCGUGAUGAAGGUCCUAGAGCUCAGGGAGACUGAUGGGGACAUUCUGAUGUUUGAAAAGAGACGGCUGAGGGAAAAUGUGGGUUCAUCACAAUCGAUAACAACCAUCGCAAUAUUCAACAAUAAUAUUGCAGUUACAUGUUUUCCUUAUGUAGUGCAGCCCUAGUUUUUACACUGCAGUCUUUUUUUAUUUAUUAGUUACUCAGCAUAUACUUAAAGCGUUCUAUUCCUGGAAUAGGUUAUAAAUGAUGCAAAAGGUUAUAAAACUGCCUUUUCACCAUAGCAUUUUUGAGUUUGGAAUCGUUUUAGGGAUACAAAAAUUUGCUUUGGACUGUGCCUUGCCCUAAUUUGCUCUAAGGUCAGCCCUUCUUUCUCUCUAUUCAAGCAGAGGCCUUUGAUUAGUUAUGGACUCCAGGAUAAAAUGCUAACCAUUCACAACCUUAUCACAGAACCAAACUUCAGGAAAAGCUGGCAUAACCAUUAAAAGCAGUGGAUUGACUGUUACAUGUCUAAACUGAAUUCAGAUUUAAAUGAAUGUAAUAAACUUAAACAAGCCAUAGUUCACCAUCAGCUCAGAUGCCACCAAGAAGCUAGUGUCAUUAAAUCGCCUUUGACAGGCAAACCAUUUAAUGAACACUCAAGCAGCUUAAGAAAGUAGGCUUUUAAGGCAGGGUGCUUUGUUGCACUUCAUUAGGUAAUUGAGGUCAGCAAACAAAGAGUUGGAGUCUUUGGGAGUAGGCUUGAAUGCUUCCAUAUUUUACUGAUUUAUUUAAAUGUGAAAUGUCUGUUGGGUGUUCUUUCCUUUCAGCUCAUGAUUUGAUUUUUUUUUAUAUAUAUUUUGUACUGCAGUUUGAUGAUAAAGGCUUUAACCUAAUUUUGUGUCAAUGUUUCAAGUGCUGAUAAAGUAUAUCUAUACAUUGCUUUGCAUGUAAUAGACCAACACAAAGUAAUUUGUGAUUAUGAAGUGGAUAGAGAAGAUGUUCAUUUUUUUUACUCAAAAUUAAAAUGUUUGAGUUUAUUUGUAUUCAUCCUACUGAAAUCAUCAUAAAUACAAUGUCAUAAAUACUGCUGUUCUGUGUACAAGAGAUCCAAGAGGCCUUUUGCAACUCUGGAGGAGCUGCACAGAUCCACAGCUCAGGUUGGAGAAGCUGUCAACAUGACCACUCUUAGCUGUGUACUCUACAAAUCUGGCUUUAAAAGAAGUGUGGCAAGAAGAAAGCCAUAACUCCAGUGUCUGCAGUUUACCGCAAGUCAUGUGAGCAACAAAGCCAACCUGGAUGAAGGUGAUCUGAUGAAAGAAUAAAAUCGAACCUUUUAAAACGA